UUUAUCAUUUUCUUAAACCAACAGUUCCUCAAAAGUGCAAUUUCGAGGGUCGAGAUAUUUGCAACUGGGAGGUGAAAGCUAACGACCAUAACGCGCCGGAAAGAAAAGUUGUAUUCACCUGGGAAUUCUUACGCGGCGUAGAAGUCGCGAACAACUCCGACCAAGCGCUCUACCAACCCCCGCUGGACCACACGCACGGAGAUGCAGAUAGCUACUACAUGUUCACCUCGGCCGAAAAGGGAGACUACGAAGAUUCAACAGACCUUAUUAUGUCCAUCCCUAUAGGUGAGUCUGGCACCACAUGUCGUCUUCGUGUGUGGUACUGGCUCUACGGUGCCACGCCUGGCUCUCUCCAUGUGGCAGUUGUGUCGCAGUCAGAAGAGGUCGAAGAAAAAUGGAUGACGGAUGGAAAUCAUGAAAAGAACUGGAAUGUGGUUGAGGUGCCUCUUGGCCAUGUCGUGGACCAGAGAGUCUCCAUCACGGCGAAACGCGGCCUGGUCUACGAGGGGGCGGGGGCAGUGGAUGACGUGGAGUUUGUUGACUGCGCACCACCUGUUCCUCCUCCUUCAGGCCUGUCGUGUUCCGAGCUGUCCCGGUAUGAGUGCAACACGGGCGCCUGCAUCGACAGCGGCCUCACAUGUGACUACAGCGACGAUUGCCUUGACCUCUCUGACGAACUCGGGUCUCUUUGUGCGUCGUAUAAGUACCGCUGUGACUUCGAGCAUGGCCUCUGCUCUGACUGGACGGAGGAGAUCGUCGAUAAUGCGAACUGGAUACUCCUGAAGGCUUCGGCAGAUCCGCUGGGUACUCUACCUGAUGGGGAUCAUACCCACGCCACGAGUGAUGGACAUUACAUGGUAUUCAAUGGCCUCCCGACAAAGGAAUCGACAGAGCUGAUAGCGCAGCUUCACUCUCCGGUCAUUCGUGGAACAUCUGCAAAAUGCUCAUUCAGGUUCUGGUAUCAAGUAAGGGGACCAAAUCCAGGGACCAUUAAAGUGUACAGGCGGUAUAGUUAUUACGAGGAUGGCUUGACUCUUAUUAAGGAAAUAGACACGUCUGUUAAGAAUAUCUGGUUAAGGGCAGAUUUUAGAGUUAACAAUGCGACCGAGAAUAAGAAUUACCAGAUCGUCCUCGAAGGCAGGGCUAGUCAGGACUACCUAGGCAGUCUCGUCGUCGACGAUUUCUCGAUGACGCCCCUGUGCGAGGAGUCUCUCAACCAGAAUCUUCCCGGAGGAGACCAUCUCACGACGCCCGUGCCCAUCUGCCCGCCGGGAGAGCUGGCUUGUGAUAAUGGCCAGUGCUACAACCCGUCCGUGGCCUGUAACUUCCUGGACGACUGUGGCGACGGCACGGAUGAGCGAGAAUGCACCAAGAGCUGUGACUUCGAGACGGAGGGCGACACGUGCGGCUGGUUCGAGAGCCAGGCUGUGUCUGUCCACUGGAACCGCGGAGGCUUCCCUGCGAACCUUCCAGGACCCGAGAGCGAUCAUGCACAUGGCACUCAUACGCAUGAUCUGGCGUCUUUCAAGUCAGGGGCCUCUGCCGGUCAGCUGGCGAUCUUGGAGUCUCACACCUUCUCCUCGGUCAGCCGGAGUUGCGUGCUGUCGUUCUGGCAUUACCUCGCCACGACAGGCUCGACUCCAGUGUUCCUUGGGCUCUUCAGGAAGGCGGAGCAAGAUACGGCCAACGGCAAACCACCAGAGCAGCUGUGGAGCGGAUCUUCAGACACGACCGGGUGGAAGCGCCAGUUCAUCAAUCUGAAAGGAAAACGAGACUUCACUUUGCACUUCCAGGCCGUACACGAGGAUGGGGAUACGCACAUCGCUAUAGACGACAUCAGAUUCGAGGAAUGCGCCCCCCACGUCAACGAAUGCCAGAGUGAGAUCGACUUUGCAUGCGACGAUGGCUCCUGCAUCCCGAGGCAGCACCGGUGUGAUGCUCAGUAUGACUGCCUUGACAAGAGUGACGAGUUCAAGUGUCCUAAUGUUAAGGGUAACUGUAACUUCGACUCAAUGACCUGGCUGAGCGAGUGUGCCUACAAGCAACGAGAAGACGACGACCUCGACUGGUUACAAGCCAGCUCCGGGAUCGUUGGCGUCGGCCCAGAGCACGACCAUACUUUGGGGUCCAAUGGACACUAUGUAUACGUCACUAACUUUGGAGGAGUUCAGGGGCUGCUUGCAUCAUUAAUGCCAGACCAGAAGUACCCUGCUUCAAAGGGCGUGUGUUACAUCCGCUUCUGGUACUAUAUGCACACAAGCCAUCAGGUUGCAGAAAAUGUGGAUCUAGGAACACUCAGAGUAUAUUUAGAAAACAACCGCGGCGAGAGGCUGGUGGUGUCAGUCCGAAGUGGAAACCAGGAGAAGAACUGGCUGGAGGAGAUCAUUCUAGUGGAAGCGGACGAGGACUUCCACGUUGUCUUCGAGGCUGAAACUGGCACUUCUCAAGACACCUACAUCGCCCUUGAUGACGUUUCGUUCACACCCGAGUGCGAGACGGGCGUUGGUCCCCCGCCCACCAACACGACAUGUCCGACGGGCGAGCUGCCUUGCAACGUGGGCGGAUGCGUUCCUGCGGAUUUCUUCUGCGAUUGCUUCUACGACUGUGUGGAUGGGUCGGACGAGUUUGGAUGCACCCAGAGCCCGUGUUCCACUAUCGCCACGCGCCCAACCACCACCAGCACCACUACCACCACCACCACCACUACCACCCCUGGUCCGGAUCAGUGCAAAGUCACGGAGAUUUCGUGCGAGGACAGUGACCACACUUGCCUUCCCGCACUUCUCCUGUGUGAUGGCAUUGACGAUUGCCCCGGAGCUACGGAUGAACGCGAUUGCCCGGACAAAACACCUUGCGACCCUGGUUUCUUCUACUGUGCUGACUACUUCAUGCAAGAACACCCUUGCUUGCCCAUCGAGGACCUGUGCGACGGCCGCGUGAAGUGUCGCAGUCACUCCGCUGACGAGUCCCUGUGUGGAGAGUGUCCUAGCAACUACUGCCAGAACGGUGGCCGGUGUAGCUAUGCUGACGGGCCGCCCAAGUGCGACUGUCCUGGGCAGUACACAGGAGAUCGCUGCGAGUUGCUUGCAGGCACAGAUAUCACGACGUCUUCAUCUAUUUCCCCUGAAGCUUCUGGAGGUCUGAGUCCUGGGGCUAUUGUGGGAAUAGUACUAGGGGUCCUUGCCUUCCUUAUCUGCAUUGCCCUUGGUGGCUAUUACUACUGGAAGAAGAAGCAGUACUCGUCGUCGCCGCCGGUCCAGAGCGACUGGGACAACCCCCGCAACCAGCCCUACUUCGGCCUGGACAUCCCCCUCCCGACCGCCGACGAAUACCCACUCGAAGAUCUCUCGAGUUCGGGCACCACAGGAGUUCCGAAUCCGUCGUUCCUCGCUGACCAUGAAAACCCGGUGUCUGAUUUAUGAGAUUCCGAAGACUUAGUAGAGAGAAAGAAAGAAACAGUUUGAAUUUGAUAUGCGAGAAGAAUCAUGAAAAGUUUUCUGAUUUAUGAAAUUAUUUUUCGAGAGAGAGAGAAAAAUGAUAAGCAAACAUAGUCAAUAAAAGUUCUCUGAUUUAUAAAACUUUUUUUUUCGAAAAUAGAAGAGUAACAUGAAAUGGUCUCUGCCUGAUGAAAUGAUAAUUUUUAGAAACAUGAAAAGGACAAUUGUUUAAAGUUUUUAGGUAGAGAUCCAUUUUCUGUAAUGAAUAUCUUUGGUGAAACCGACUCUCCGCUUCCUAUGAAUUUUGCUAUAAUCAGAGAAAAUAAAAUCAAGACCGGUUUUUCCUUCCCUUAACGACUGUUUCUUUCUGAUAAAUAGAUCUGAUAAAUAGUUCCGUUGUAUAUAAAUCUGCUUAGACCAUUAUGUACGUUAAAAGUAACAUAUCUAACGUUCAGAUUUUUUUUUUUUUUUUUUUAUGUAUUAUAUAUUGACAUAAAGAUAUCUCAGGUUCUUUCUUUACACAUAGAGAAUCUUCGUAGAGAGAUAUACAUGUACAAAUGUUCAUUGCGAUAUUCUCUUCAAUCUAAGUAAUAUAUGUAUUGUGUGUUUAUAAAUGUAAAGGAUAAUAA